AUGAACCCGUUCGACUACCUGCACCUAGCCAUGCUACUGGUCGGCCCAAUCGCCGUAAUGAUUGGAUGUGGAGGAAAGAAGAAAGCACCACCUGCAAAGUCUGCCUCCAAGAUGACACCUCCACCAGCUCCCGCUCCACCUCCACCUGCUGCUCCAGAUGCUGCCGCUGCUCCAGCAGCCGACGCUGCCGCUGCUCCAGCCGACGGUGAAAAGAAGGACGGUGAUAAGAAGUCGGAGAAGAAGGAAGGAGAGAAGAAGGAUGAGGAGAAGAAGGAGGAUGAAAAGAAGGACGGAGACAAGAAGGACGAGGAAAAGAAGGACGAGGAAAAGAAGGAUGAUAAGAAGGAGGAUGAGAAGAAGGACGGUGAUAAGAAGAAGGGAGAUGAGAAGAAGUCCCAGAAGAGUGAGAAGAAGAGUGAAAAGAAGGAUGAGGAGAAGAAGGACGGUGAUAAGAAGGAUGAGGAGAAGAAGGAUGAUAAGAAGGAGGGAGAUGAGAAGAAGGAUGAGAAAAAGGAACAGUCUAAGAAGUCAAAGAAGUCCAACAAGUCCAAAAAGUCAAAACGAGACAAGAAGGAUGGUGAUAAGAAGGAUGGUGAUAAGAAGGACGACGACAAAAAGGAUGAUGACAAAAAGGACGAAAAGAAGGACGAUGAAAAGAAAGACGACGAUAAGAAAGAGGAGGAGAAGAAGGAGUAG